AUGCAACAUAUUAAAGUAGUAGUAGUUGGAGAUGGUGCCGUCGGAAAGACUUCAAUGCUUAUUAGCUAUACAACAAAUGGAUUGCCAACAGACUAUCAACCAACCGUUUUCGAUAACUACAGUGCAUUGGUGAUGCACGAGAAGAAGCCUUACAACCUUGGUUUGUGGGACACUGCCGGACAAGAGGAUUUCGAUAAGCUGCGUCAUCUCAGCUAUCCACACACCGACGUCUUCUUGGUGUGCUACAGUGUCAUCAAUCCGGCAUCCUAUUCCAACUGCUGGGAUAAGUGGUACCACGAAAUCAAAUCGCACUGUCCCAACGUGCCAAUCGUGUUGGUCGGUGCCCAGUCAGAUCUCAGAACCAACAAUGUCAUUCUCGAGCGUCUAUCGGAUCGCAAGCAACAGCCGAUCACCACGGAACAAGGUGAACUCAUGGCCAAGCGAAUCGGAGCAGCUUACUUUAUGGAAUGCUCUGCACUCACACAGAAAGGAUUACACGAAGUAUUCGAACGCACAAUCGAUUCAUUCCACGGAAAGAACAUGAAUUCCAAGCCAUCUAAAUUUUCAUCAAAACAAAAGCAACAACAAGAAUUGAAAUCAAAGAAAUCAACAUCAAAUUUAACAACAUCAUCAUCAACAAAGAAGAUUAAAUCUUGUUCUAUAAUGUAA